CAAAAAAUAUAUCAUCAUUACUAAUUAGCUUUUUACUUAAUAGUAUAAAUAAAUAAAUUAUAAUUAGUUUUUCUCAUCAACAAAUUAAAAACAAACAUGUCGAUCUCAGCUUCUUUUUUAAGAUUUAGCCUCACUGCUCACUAUCAACCUUCUCCUUCUUCUUCUCCACCAAAUCAACCUUUCAAAUUCCUUAAAAGCAACAGAGAACAUGUUGAAUUCAAUCGAAUUUUGCAAUGUCAUGCUGUUUCUAGACGUCGUACAAAAGAUUACAAAGAGGUGCAAAGUGGUUCGUUGCCGGUUAUCAAGUGGGACGACAUCGCAGAGGAAGUGGACGUGGAAACACACACACUUGAGGUGUACGAUCCAUCCUCCAACGAGGACCAUAUCGAUGCUAUUCGAUCGAUGCUAGGAUCAAUGGGAGACGGAGAAAUAAGCGUCUCGGCCUAUGACACAGCAUGGGUUGCCAUGGUGAAAGAUGUGAAGGGAACUGAAACUCCUCAGUUCCCUUCAAGCCUUGAGUGGAUUGCGAACAAUCAGUUGGCUGAUGGUUCAUGGGGUGACAACUCCAUUUUCUUGGUUUAUGAUCGUGUCAUCAACACAUUGGCUUGUGUUAUUGCCUUGAAGUCAUGGAACUUGCAUCCUGACAAGAUUCUACUUGGAAUGUCGUUUAUGAGAGAGAAUUUGAGCAGGAUUGGUGAUGAGAAUGCAGAGCACAUGCCUAUAGGCUUCGAAGUGGCAUUUCCUUCACUCAUUGAGAUUGCUAAAAAGUUAGGCUUAGAUUUUCCUUAUGAUUCUCCCGUCUUGCAAGACAUCUAUGCCAGUAGACAACUAAAGCUUACAAGGAUACCAAAGGACAUCAUGCACAAAGUCCCCACAACUUUACUCCACAGUUUGGAAGGAAUGACAGAUUUGGACUGGCAAAAGUUGCUUCAAUUUCAGUGCACUGAUGGCUCUUUUCUCUUCUCUCCAUCUUCCACCGCAUAUGCACUUAUGCAAACUCAAGAUCAUAAUUGUCUCAAUUAUCUCAAAAAUGCUGUCCACAAAUUCAACGGCGGAGUUCCAAAUGUGUAUCCAGUGGACCUAUUUGAACAUAUUUGGACCGUUGAUCGGUUGCAAAGGCUUGGAAUUUCUCGGUAUUUUGAGCUAGAAAUAAAAGAGUGCAUUGAUUACGUUAGCAGAUAUUGGACAAAUAAAGGAAUCUGCUGGGCUAGAAAUUCCCCAGUUCAAGACAUUGAUGACACGGCUAUGGCUUUUAGACUUUUGCGCUUGCAUGGCUACGCUGUUUCUGCUGACGUAUUCAAACAUUUUGAGAGCAAAGGCGAAUUUUUCUGCUUCGUGGGGCAAUCAAAUCAAGCAGUGACAGGAAUGUAUAAUCUUUAUAGGGCAUCUCAUGUAAUGUUCUCAGGAGAGAAAAUACUUGAAAAUGCAAAAAUAUUCACUUCUAAUUAUCUAAGAGAAAAACGAGCUCAAAAUCAACUGCUAGACAAGUGGAUCAUUACUAAAGAUUUACCUGGAGAGGUGGGAUAUGCAUUAGAUGUGCCAUGGUAUGCUAGCCUACCCCGCCUAGAAACAAGGUUCUUUUUAGAACAUUAUGGUGGUGAAGAUGACGUGUGGAUUGGCAAAACAUUGUACAGGAUGCCAUUGGUUAACAAUAGCCUAUACCUAGAGCUAGCGAAAUCGGACUAUAACAAUUGCCAAGCUUUGCACCAGUUCGAGUGGAGAAGAAUUCGCAAGUGGUACUACGAAUGCGGGCUAGGAGAGUUUGGAUUAAGUGAAAAAAGGUUGUUGGUUACGUACUAUUUAGGCAGUGCUAGUAUAUUUGAGGCACAAAGGUCGACCGAGCGAAUGGCUUGGGUCAAAACCGCAGCUCUUAUGGACUGUGUGAGGUCUUGUUUUGGCUCCCCACAAGUAUCUGCAGCUGCAUUUCUUUGCGAAUUCGCACACUACUCUAGCACCGCUCUGAAUUCGAGGUACAACACAGAAGAUAGGCUCGUUGGGGUCAUUCUUGGAACCCUAAAUCAUCUCUCACUGAGUGCCUUAUUAACACAUGGCAGAGACAUCCAUCACUACUUGCGUCAUGCUUGGGAAAAUUGGCUACUGACGGUAGGAGAAGGAGAAGGAGAAGGAGAAGGAGGUGCUGAACUCAUAAUUCGCACCUUAAAUUUGUGCAGUGUUCAUUGGAUAUCGGAGGAGAUAUUGUUGUCCCAUCCAACUUACCAAAAGCUAUUGGAAAUUACCAAUAGAGUUUCUCACCGACUCCGUCUCUACAAGGGACACAGUGAAAAGCAGGUAGGAAUGUUGACUUUUAGUGAAGAAAUAGAAGGUGACAUGCAACAGCUAGCAGAGCUCGUGCUAUCUCAUUCAGAUGCUUCCGAAUUGGAUGCCAAUAUCAAAGACACUUUUCUCACUGUUGCCAAAAGUUUUUACUACUCAGCUUAUUGUGAUGAUCGAACAAUUAACUUUCACAUAGCCAAAGUGCUAUUUGAAAGAGUAGUUUAAUUAUUUCAUCAUUUAUAGUUAGGGUAAGCUGUUAUCAUUCAGGAAUUAUGAUAGAAAUUCAUGUUUUGACUGGAAAUAUAUAUAUACUUAGCUUGUUG